AUGGAUUACCUGAUUGGGAUAGUACUGCUGCUGUGCGGGGUGACACUGCCCGAGAGAGUGGCCCCGCAGCAGGCCAAGAGGAACGUGCCCCGGCUCAGACUGUCCUACAAGGAGAUGCUAGAAUCCAGUAAUCUGGUGACGUUCACUGGACUGGUGAACAGUUCAGGUUACGACACAUUUCUAAUGGAUGAGGAGAGGGGGAGGUUACUGGUGGGAGCGGAAGACCAUGUCUUCUCUUUUGACCUGGUCAACAUUAACAGAGAUGUCAAACAGAUUGCAUGGCCUGCCACACCUUCAAAACGAGAUGAGUGCAAGUGGGCAGGGAAAGAUCUUGGGAAAGAAUGUUCCAACUUCGUGCGGGUGCUGCAGCCAUAUAACCAGACACACCUGUACGUCUGUGGCACAGGAGCUUUCCACCCCAUCUGUGCCUACCUGGAGAUUGGCAAAAGAGCAGAGGACAACGUUUUCAGGCUAGAUGUGUCCCACUUUGAGAAUGGACGUGGGAAAAGCCCCUAUGAUCCGAAGAUGCUGUCAUCCUCACUGCUGAUUGAUGGGGAACUGUAUUCUGGAACUUCAGCAGACUUCAUGGGACGAGACUUUGCCAUCUUCCGAACCCUUGGAGCUCAACACCCAAUCAGGACAGAACAGCAUGAUUCCAGAUGGCUAAAUGAUCCCAGGUUUGUUGGCAUUUACCUCAUCCCUGAGAGUGAUAACCCAGAAGAUGACAAGAUCUUCCUGUUCUUCAAAGAGAACGCCAUGGAUGGAGAACACACAGGCAAAGCCACCAUCUCCAGAAUAGCACAACUGUGUAAGAAUGACCAAGGAGGACACAGAAGUCUGGUGAACAAAUGGACAACCUUUCUAAAGGCUAAACUGACCUGUUCAGUCCCGGGGCUUAAUGGCAUAGACACGCACUUUGAUGAGCUCCAGGAUGUGUUCUUAAUGACUGCCAAAGACCCCAAGAAUCCAGUGAUCUAUGCUGUCUUCACUACCUCCAGUAAUAUCUUCCGUGGAUCGGCUAUCUGCAUGUACAGCAUGGCCGACAUCAGGAGAGUGUUUCUCGGCCCUUAUGCCCACAGAGAUGGGCCCAAUUAUCAGUGGGUUCCUUUCCAAGGCAGAGUGCCCUACCCUCGCCCUGGCACAUGCCCUAGUAAGACCUUUGGUGGCUUCGACUCCACCAAAGACCUCCCAGAUGAUGUGAUCACGUUUGCACGUCUGCACCCAGCCAUGUAUAACCCAGUGCAGCCAGUAGGUGGCCGGCCCAUCGUGGUGCGGACAGACGCUGAGUACCAGUUCACCCAGCUGGUGGUGGACAGAGUGGAGGCUGAGGACGGCCAGUAUGAUGUCAUGUUCAUUGGAACAGAUCUGGGCACAGUGUUGAAGGUAGUGACCAUUCCCAGGGAGAGCUGGCAUGACCUCGAAGAGGUGGUGCUGGAGGAGAUGACCGUCUUCAGGGAGCCAACCCCCAUCACUGCCAUGGAACUCUCCACUAAACAACAACAGCUGUACCUGGGUUCUGCUGUGGGAAUAUCACAGAUGCCUCUGCAUCGCUGUGAGGUGUACGGAAAAGCCUGCGCUGAAUGCUGUUUGGCCAGAGAUCCAUACUGCGCCUGGGAUGGAACAGAGUGCUCUAGAUAUUUCCCUACUGCUAAGAGGAGAACAAGACGGCAAGACAUCAGAAAUGGAGACCCUCUCUCACAGUGCUCUGAUCUGCAUCAUAAUGAUGAUCUGGAGGGCUACAGCAGUGUGGAUGAGAGGAGUGUGUAUGGAGUGGAGAACAGCAGUAUGUUCCUGGAAUGUAGCUCAAAGUCUCAAAGAGCUCUCAUCUACUGGCAGAUCCAGAGACCCAACGAUGACCGCAAGCAUGAGAUCAAGCUGGAUGAGAGGGUGAGUCACACUGAGCGAGGCUUGCUGAUCCGCAGCCUGACCCAGGCUGACACUGGAGUGUACCACUGCCAUGCAGUAGAGCAUGGCUUCAUCCAGCCACUGCUGCGUCUCACCCUGCAGGUCAUCCCGUCCCAGCGGAUCGGAGAACUGCUGCUGCGCACGGGCACUGCCGAACGUGAGCCCAUCCCCAAACACAAGCUGUGGUAUCGUGACUUCCUGAGCCUGCUGGAGCAUCCGGACCUGCACAGUGUGGAUGAGUUCUGUGAGCAAGUCUGGAAGAAAGAGCGCAAGCAACGCGGCAAGAAAGCUCCCAGGGCUGGGCCAGGCCUUGCGCAGGCUCAGAAAGCUGUUCAGCCUGUCAGCCAGGGCUUGCAGACUUUGGGACAGAAUCAGAACGACCAGAGAGCAUCAAGUGGCCCAAAAGCAACAAACGUUCCUAGAGGCCAAAAUCUGCCCAAGAUGGCUGGGACACAGAGAAGCCAACUACAGGGCACCACAAGCACAGAGAGCCAGAGCCCCAGACCCAGCCCCAUCAGCCCGAAAGCUCAGAGCACUCAAGUAACUCAAAGUCAGGGGAAGAGAGGCAGCCCACCAGCCCGAAGAACACCUCCCAACACAGCCAAGUGGAAACAGGUCCAAGAGAACAAGAGGGGACGCAACCGCCGCACCCACGAGCAACAGAGACCACCACGCAGCGUGUGAAGUUGCAGAUCGGAAACAUAUACAUACAUCAGAUCCACCCAUUUGCACUCCUAAACAUACAGACAUACAACAAUCGUCAUACAUGUGUACAUUGCAAAGAUUCAAACAAAAGCACAAAAAAACUGAAAAAAAAACUGUAAACUUAGAAGUUUUGAACUUCAUGUUACUGAUUUACCAGUGGAAGCACAAUUACAGUGAAAAAGAACAUUUUGCAGUAGUGUGUAUUCAAGUAGACUGAUACACUAUCCUGUACAUAACGUUCUGACGCUAAAGGGCAUGUGUGCGUGGUAUCCCAUGGGACACUUCCAUCUUGGAGUUAGAGAGGAAUCACCAUUUCCAAGACUGCUUCCACCACCCAAGCUGUUUGGAGAACGCUGGGAAGCUUCCAUGGAAACGGAUGUGUUUUAUUUAGGAAUAAAAGAAAAAUAUUUGUUCAUCCUUCUUGGAGGACUGUGUCAUUCAAUGACAUAAUGCCUUGGUUCUAGAUCAGACAGCACUCGUUAAUAUGGACUGAAAGAUGUCUGGUCACUCUGAUUCAUAAGAACUGUAUUAUAGGAGUAUUAUAGUGGCCACUGUAUGGAGAAUAACUGAGUUAACCACGGAUACAAGACUGAGGCAUGCGUAAACGACAGCCCGUCUGACCUCUGAUCCUUGUAGCCAUUUCAACUUAAACGUUAGCCUAAUUAGUUGCUGUGUAUUCAUAAUUACCAAGUGAUCCAAAUGGACAAGGACCAUUUCUCCAAAGGACAGAAUUCAAAUAUGUCGUGCAUGUCGUUUAAUUGAAUACAUAAGCUUUCUCAAGUCAGUGGCAUAGCUAAACUAUUAAAAAAUCAAGUUUCAAACUACAGGGGGUUGUUCAUGAUAGAUCUGCAGAAUUCUGGUUUCAUUCGAAAUAAAUGAUAACGUGUCAUGCUAACUGCUGCAUCUUCUGAAAGACGCUGUGUUCGGUUAUUGCCAUAACCUUCACUGUUUUAAUUUUAACUUAUUUUUAUGCUCUUUUGCCUCAUACAAAUGUCCUCUUACAGUCUAUGUUGUAGAUUAGGCUGAAAUAUAGAGUGUAAAUAUAUACAGCCAGACACCACUUGACUAUUUAUUGCCGAUUUUUUUUAAAGGGUUACAGUUAUUUUUGAUAUUAUUAUGAUAUUAUGAUGUUUUGAGUUCAAAUGUAAACAAAAGUGACUGAGUGUGGUGAUGCGCAUAGAUGGACCAAUAUUUUUGCCUUUUUUUAGCAUUUUACAUAUGUUUGUGUGUUGCAGAUCAACCGACACUCUUAUUAACCCAAAAUGGUGCAAGAAUUUAGUCGAAUCUUUAAAUAUCUCUCAAUACCCCCCCCCACCCCCCCUUGAGAAAUAAAUCUCUGUCUCUCUCUUUCCUUUAUUACUUCUCUGUAAAGCCCCCAAGUAAAUCUGUCUGUAUGUCAUUGCCUUGUCUCUGUAUCACACACUCAUCAAAUUGGAAAAAAUAUGGUAUGAAUAUUGGAUAAAUAGCAGAGAAAUUUGGUAUGAAUAACCUGUGAAGUUACUGAACGCCCACACCAUUAGCUGUGAAUCUCCUGUAAGAAUGUGUAGGGUGAAAGUCUCACUGAGAGCCAAUGAGUACAAACUGCAUGUGCAUUCUUAGUGCAUCUUCUUUAGUGUCAGUGUUUUGUGUGAGGUCACUUCCUUGCCCCGAGCAAAAGAGAUGUGAAUAUUUUUUAUUUGGUUUUACUUAUACGAAGAUAAAUAUGUCUGACCCUUUUUGCGUAUUAUAAAACUGUAAUCUUUUGUACAAAUAUCCCCAUCCCACCCUCCUCAAAUGUAUGAUGUUUCAAUGCAAUACAAAGCUAUGUCCACCAGAUGGCACUCCCCAAAUCUCUUGCUUCAGACUUGUUUCGUCUUGGGCUGGAGAGGGGAUAUGAGGGAGUUGGGAGCUCUUAUAACUGUCGAUGGGUGUUUCUGGCAUGCAUUCGGUUGUCUAAAUAAAUAUUUCCUCUAUCA